GAACAAGCGAAUUAUAUUCCUCGCUAGAGACAUAAUUGUCUCACUCGACUCAUACCCCUCAUAAACCCAUAACCCCUCCUCUAUCCAAAAUCGUUUUCUUGAUAACACUCAAAAAUCGUCCUCAUCAUGGGCGGCGGAAGCUGCUACGGCACCGACUGCGGCGGCUUUCCUGUCACCACCCACCGCGCUGGCCUGAUAAUCGGGCUCUCAGUUGGCCUCGGCUGGAUCCUCCUCGUCUUCCUCUCUUCGUGCCUAUUCAGCGUGUCGCGUGCCGCCAAUUAUGCAAUCACAAAAGAAAUAGCUGUUUUAAUUCUUCUGAUUCUUGGGUUCCCGUUUUUCCUCGGGCGGCUGGGUUUUCGGCCUUGUAUUGAUCAUUAUAAAAUGGAUUGGUUCAAGAAAAUUGGGAGGUGGUUUGAUGAAAAGAAUAUCGAGGCUUGGAAGACGCUUUUGGAGGCAGGGAGGCAGGGAGGCGGGUUCGCGGGGUGGUGAAGGGAGUCGGUGUUGGGAUGGGGAGAGGUGGGGUAUGGAUUGUAAAUUGUGUCAUGAAAGGAUGGAGAUGGUUAUUAAGGAGUGUCUCGGGAUUUUGGGAGGAAUUGCGGAUGAAUGAACAAGAUGGUGGGAUGGAAAUGGAGUGAACCUAGAAGGUGUAGCUUUAUUGUUACUCUAAGAGCGCCAAUACAAGCUGAGAUGUUGACUAUUUUCAGAAGAGACAAGAU